CGGCGCGGCGCGGCGCGCGGCGCGCGCGCGGCGGCGCGGGGCGCGGCGCGCGCGCGCGGCGGGGGGGGGGGGCGCGCGGGCGCGCGCGGGGCGGCGGCGCGCGCGGCGCGCGCGCGGCGCGGCGCGCGCGGCGCCGCGCGCGCGCGGGGCGCGCGCGGGCGGCGCGCGGGCGGCGCGCGCGCGCGCGCCGCGCGCGCGCGCGCGCCGCGGCGCGCGCGGGGGCGCGCGCGGCGGCGCGGCGGCGCGGGCGCGCGCGCGGCGCGGCGCGCGGCGCGCGGGCGCGCGGGCGGCGGCGGGGGGCGCGGGGCGCGCGGGCGCGGCGGCGCGGGCGCGGGCGCGCGCGGGGGGCGCGCCGCGCGGCGGCGGCGCGGCGCGCGGCGGGGGCGCGCGGGGGGGGCCCGCGCCCCCGCGGCGCGCGGCGCGGCGCGCGCGGGGCGCGCGGCGGCGCGGCGGCGGCGCGGCGCGCGCGGCGCGGCGCGCGCGGCGGGCGCGGGCGCGCGCGCGGCGCGGCGCGGCGCGGGCGGCGGGCGGGCGGCGCGGGCGGCGCGCGGCGGGGCGCGCGGGCGCGGGGGCCGCCCGGGGGGGGGCGGGCGGGGCGGCGGCGCGGGGCGGCCGCGGCGC